AUGGCUAGCGAUAACUUCACUGAUUCUCCUGCAUCUGCUGGCAACCGAGGCCAGCUCAUCGACUCCCAACAAUGGAAAUGUUGCAACUGCGAUCACGGUUUCUGGAGCGAUAAGACUGACCUUGUCUGCCCCAACUGCAACGUCCCUCGCUGUACGAGAUGCGGAGUUUGUUAG